CACAGCUGCCUUUCAGAACCAGUGGUAAUUUCAAGAAACUUGUGGAGUAUUCUCUCGUAGCUGACUAUACAAAGAGAGCUUUUCCAUCCAGCCGAACUGCCAAAGAAGGAGCCAAAAUGAAAACAAUCUUCCACUCCUUCCUCUAUUGCUGUCUGCUGGCAACAGUAGCACACUGUGUGGAACUUGAGGUGAACCCUGAAUUGAAAAAAAGACUAAGCAUAUGGCUAGGGAGCAGACUGAGACGGGAUCUUGACAGUGUAACCGUAGAGAAGACAGCAGAGUCUGAGCACUUUGUCAGACCAGAAGAUAUCAGGGAGACCUUGCUGCCACAUUCCAGGACUGACAUCAACGUCCGAACCAAGCGGUCUAAAAACUCAGCCAACCAGUCAAGAAGACAAGGUUGUUCACUGGGCACCUGCACAUUACACGACCUGGCACACCGCCUGCACCAGCUCAAUAACCAGUUGAAGAUCGGCAGUGCUCCUGUCGACAAGAUCAGCCCUCAGGGAUACGGCCGGAGGCGCCGAUCUCUUCCAGUGCGCAGAGUCACACUGAGGUUGGAACAGGGCAGGCUGAGGCCCGUGUGGAGCACAAAUGAGUCACAAGUUCACAAGCUUGAGGCUCUCCUUAGACAGACAUGAGUAGGACUUUGAGAGAGGCGUCCGGGGAAAGAAAUGCGAGGAAGCAGCUCUUUUGAGCAAAUGACCUCUCUGCUCUGUUCAAAAAUUCCUUAAAAUGCCUCAAACUCUUGCCAAGUGUACAUUUGUUCCAGGCGUGAGGACUGAGUCGGAAGAGCAAGACUGGCUGCAGCUGGGUUUCUCUAAAAGCUGAGCCUUGCAGCUCAGCAGUGUAGAGCAUGCAAACAAUCACAGCUGGCUUAAAGACACUGGAUGGCACAGUGUGGAGCGAACUACAGGUGCUGCUCUCUGCUUGGCAGAGGGAAAAGAAGAGUGCAAAUUCCUGGCAAAGUGAACACAUCCUCUAAACUUAUGAGGGAACACUCUUCUAACAUUCUGGGACUUUUACACACUUAUUCCUCAAGGCAAAGACUUUGAUAAGUGCUAUCUUCUAAGGAUUACACCACCAUGUUCCAUCAAACUGUCAGUAACUAUAUGCACUUUUCCUUUUGGACUUAAAUUAUAAUGAAUCAUCAGGAAAAGAAAUCAUCACCAAAUGCCAAACAGAUAGGCUUCAGAGCUCUGAUGCUCACAGUUUGUAUCAAGUUUUGGACACUGUAUAAAGGGAGAUGCCUUAGAUUCUGUGAGAUAUGUGCCAAUCCACAGUGGAUUGAAAUAUACUUGAAAAUGUUAUUGUCUGUACAAAAACAUGUGCAAUCUUUUAUUUUUUUUUAAUCGCAAGUAUGUGUAUAUAUGAACUUCUUUAUUUAAAUAUUAUAUAGAGGUUACAUUAAAGUACUUAUGCAGAUAGAGUUAUUUUUGUACAGGAAGAAAUAUAUAUAAGGGCAUUGUAGCUAUUUGUCAUUAUUCUUUUGCAAACUGUGGUAAUUUGAUAUGUGUUUUAUAGUUAUAUUAUUAUAUAUUUGUAAAUGUGUUCUAUUUUAUUUGUGUCAAAGCAAUAACAUUGUCAUUUAAUAAAGAUUUUGCAUACAA